UCUUCCCAUUAAAAUACUAUGUAACAGAUAAGAAAGGAGACACCAGUUUCUCUCUCUCCCUCCUCCAUGGCGGUCUUACACAGAGCUCCAACGUGCACUUCUCAUUCUCGACUCCAACCAGCUCCAUUGCUUCCCUCACUCAAGCUUCAACAACAUCCUCUUCUCUUCUCUCCGUCUCUCUCUUCCUAUUUCAGCUCCAAACGCCUCCGCAGCCAUGGCGUCCGAGUUCACGCUUCUGCGAAUGCCAUCGCCGACUCCGGCAAUGGCGCCGUCCUCGCUCCGGAGAAGAAUCUCGAUGUCACUCCCUAUGGGAGGCAGUUUUUUCCUCUAGCUGCUGUCGUCGGUCAGGAUGCUAUAAAAACUGCUCUUCUGCUUGGGGCCAUAGACCGUGAAAUUGGAGGGAUCGCCAUCUCUGGAAGACGAGGCACGGCCAAGACUGUUAUGGCGCGUGGGCUACAUGCGAUUUUGCCGCCCAUUGAAGUAGUUGUUGGUUCUAUGUCAAAUGCAGAUCCGGCUUGCCCUGAAGAGUGGGAAGACGGUCUAGCUGAGCGCCUGGAAUAUGAUUCUGAUGGCAAUAUUAAGACUCAAAUUGUCAGGUCUCCUUUUGUCCAGAUCCCACUUGGAGUCACAGAGGACAGACUUCUUGGAUCUGUUGAUGUUGAGGAGUCUGUGAAAACAGGGACGACUGUUUUCCAGCCAGGCCUUCUGGCUGAAGCUCAUAGAGGUGUUCUAUAUGUCGAUGAAAUCAAUCUCUUGGACGAGGGUAUUAGUAAUUUGCUUCUUAAUGUGUUAACUGAAGGAGUUAAUACUGUGGAAAGAGAGGGAAUCAGCUUUAGACACCCAUGUAAGCCACUCUUGAUUGCUACUUAUAAUCCGGAAGAGGGAGCUGUCCGUGAACACCUACUAGAUCGGAUUGCAAUCAAUUUGAGUGCAGAUCUUCCACUGAGUUUUGACGACCGUGUUGCAGCUGUUGGAAUUGCAACACAAUUUCAGGAGUAUAGCAAUGAGGUUUAUAUGAUGGUAGAGGAAGAAACGGAGUUGGCAAAAACUCAGAUCAUUUUGGCAAGGGAGUAUUUGAAAGACGUAACAAUCAACAGAGAGCAGUUAAAAUACCUGGUUAUGGAAGCCCUCCGUGGUGUCUGCCAGGGACACAGAGCUGAGCUAUAUGCUGCCCGUGUUGCAAAAUGCUUAGCUGCUCUGGAAGGACGUGAAAGAGUUGGUGUUGACGACCUGAAAAAAGCUGUAGAACUUGUCAUUCUUCCGCGUUCAAUCAUUAAUGAAAACCCACCAGACCAGCAAAAUCAACAAUCUCCACCACCACCUCCUCCACAGAACCAAGAUUCUGGGGAAGAGCAGAAUGAGGAAGAAGAUGAGCAAGAGGACGAAAAUGACGAAGAAAAUGAACAACAGCAAGAUCAAUUACCAGAAGAGUUCAUAUUUGAUGCUGAAGGGGGUUUGGUGGAUGAGAAACUUCUUUUCUUUGCACAGCAAGCUCAAAGGCGCCGAGGGAAAGCUGGUAGGGCAAAGAAUGUUAUAUUUUCAGAAGAUAGGGGACGAUACAUUAAGCCAAUGCUUCCAAAGGGCCCUAUAAAGAGAUUAGCUGUUGAUGCAACCCUGAGAGCAGCUGCACCAUAUCAAAAGUUGCGUAGAGAAAAGGACACCCAGAAAAGUCGGAAAGUUUUUGUGGAGAAAACUGACAUGAGGGCAAAGAGAAUGGCACGAAAAGCAGGAGCACUGGUUAUAUUUGUAGUUGAUGCAAGUGGAAGCAUGGCACUGAAUAGAAUGCAGAAUGCUAAAGGUGCUGCACUAAAGUUACUAGCAGAAAGUUAUACAAGCAGGGAUCAGGUUUCUAUUAUUCCUUUCCGUGGAGACUGUGCAGAAGUUAUUCUUCCUCCUUCUAGAUCAAUUGCAAUGGCAAGAAAACGUCUUGAGAGACUUCCAUGUGGUGGAGGUUCACCCCUUGCUCAUGGUCUCACCACGGCUGUCAGGGUCGGACUAAAUGCAGAAAAGAGUGGCGAUGUUGGACGCGUAAUGAUUGUUGUAUUGACUGAUGGUAGAGCAAACAUAUCACUGAAAAAAUCCACCGACCCCGAAGCUGCUGCUGCUGCUGACGCCCCCAGACCUUCAGCUCAGGAGUUGAAGGAUGAGAUUCUUGAAGUGGCCGGUAAAAUAUACAAAGCUGGGAUGUCACUUCUCGUCAUCGACACGGAAAACAAGUUCGUCUCAACUGGAUUUGCCAAGGAGAUAGCUAGAGUAGCUCAAGGAAAAUAUUAUUACUUGCCAAAUGCCUCGGAUGCCGUCAUCUCGGCUACGACGAAGGAAGCUUUAUCAGCCCUGAAAAGCUCAUGAAUGCUUUGAUCUUCUUUGAGGCUAAUCUGACCAAAAGAGUGGCUUGAAUUAAUUUUCAAAGCAUUCAUAUUAUUGCAACCUAUCUCACAUGUAAUUUAACUUGAUGAGAUCAACUUUCUCAUUUAGCGGCUCCAUGUAUAAAAUUUCAGUUUUGUGAGUUAAAUUCACUGUCAUCUGCUUCCACUAUACUUGCCUUGAAGGGACUCGUUCAAU